AUGGGAGGCCCGUGUCCGCUGGCCAGGGCGUCGACCUUCGAUGUGGGCAGAACGCUGCUUUGUGCACCCGUGUCGCACAGGAAACAUCGUCCAGAAAGUUCGUCCCGGAUGAACAGCAGCCUGCCUGCACGGCCGACGCUCAUGGCCGCAGCUGAGCGCCGGCCGUGGCGCUUCCCGUCCCCCGGAAGGGUCUCGGUGCCUUGCGGUUACCGCCGCUGCAACAGUGAUGUCGGCCACUGGUGGCGCAAGCGGUGGAGCCGGAAGGAACGAAGCCAUGAAGUGCUGUUGACCAGCGAGGAAGAACUUAUCAGCCUCUGCAGCCAGCGCACGGCACGCAACUCCUGCCAGCUGACACUGGACCCCAACACAGCAAACAGACAGCUGUCUCUGUCAGUAGGGAACAGGAAGGUAACAUGUGGGGAAAAGGAGCAGCCAUAUCCUGAUCAUCCAGAGAGAUUUGACCACUGGCCCCAAGUUCUGUGCAGAGAGAGUCUGACUGGUCACUGUUACUGGGAGGCUGAGUGGUGUGGAGGUGGAGCCCUAAUUGGAGUGACUUAUAAAGGCAUCAGGAGGAAUGUAGUGAGUGCUGACUGUGGGCUUGGCCACAACAAUAAGUCAUGGACCCUAUUCUGCUCUCCUUGCAGUUACUCUGUCCAGCACAAUAAUAAACGAACUGACAUACCCGUACAGCCCUCAGGUUCCCACAGAGUAGGAGUGUAUCUGGACUGGAAGGCUGGUGCUCUGUCCUUCUACAGAGUCACCACUGGUGGACUGACCCUCCUGCACAGGUUCACCUACUCAUUUACUGAACCCCUCUAUCCAGGUUUUCGGAUUUAUCCAAACUCUUCAGUGUCCUUGUGCUUGCUGGGAUAGCUUACUAUAGGGCUGGGCGAUAUCAUACCAGUAUUAUAUCACGCAACCUGUAACCAGAUCCCAGAUUACAAAAUCAUUCUGGGCCAGAUGUGGCCCACAUCCACCAUUUUCAUCUGGCCGACUUACCACAUGGAAUGAUGGCACUUGAGUGGACUACUUGAGUGGUCCACCAAAUGUGAUCCACCAGGGACACAUUUGGGCCAGGGCAGGGAA